GGCAGUUCUGGAGCGUUUUAGGCUUGCUCGUUCUCUCUCUUGCACGCUGCAGUCUGGCAUUUAUUUCACCUCUGUUCACUCGUCUGGAAGAUUCGGGCCCACACCAUGACUGAUGAGGAACUGUCUGCCUUGGUGGUGGAUAAUGGGUCAGGGAUGUGCAAGGCGGGCUUUGGUGGUGAUGAUGCCCCUCGGGCGGUGUUCCCCUCCAUGGUAGGGCGUCCCCGACACCAGGGGGUGAUGGUAGGCAUGGGCCAGAAGGACUGCUACGUGGGAGAUGAGGCCCAGAGCAAGAGAGGCAUCCUGACCCUGAAGUACCCCAUUGAGCAUGGAGUGGUCACCAACUGGGGUGAUAUGGAGAAGAUCUGGUACCACACGUUCUACAACGAGCUCCGCGUGUCACCCGACGAGCACCCCAUCCUCCUCACCGAGGCACCCCUCAAUCCCAAGAUCAACCGGGAAAAGAUGACUCAGAUCAUGUUCGAGGCCUUCAACACGCCGGCCAUGUACGUGGCCAUCCAGGCCGUGCUGUCCCUCUAUGCCUCAGGACGGACCACAGGCCUCGUGAUGGACUCUGGGGACGGAGUCACUCACACCGUGCCCAUCUACGAAGGUUACGCCCUGCCUCAUGGCAUUCUUCGGCUGGAUCUGGCAGGCAGAGACCUGACCGAUUACCUCAUGAAGAUCCUGACAGAGAGAGGCUAUAGCUUUACCACCACAGCUGAGAGGGAGAUUGUGCGGGAUGUCAAAGAGAAGCUGUGCUACGUAGCCCUGGACUUCGAGCAGGAAAUGGCCACUGCCGCUGCAUCCUCCUCACUCGAAAGAAGCUAUGAGCUUCCUGAUGGACAGGUGAUCACCAUCGGGAACGAACGCUUCCGAUGCCCUGAGGCCAUCUUCCAGCCUUCUUUUCUGGGCAUUGAGUCCAGUGGGAUCCACGAGACAACCUUCAACUCUAUCAUGAAGUGCGAUGUGGAUAUUCGCAAGGAUCUCUAUGCCAACACCGUGUUGUCUGGAGGCAGCACCAUGUACCCAGGCAUUGCUGACCGGAUGCAGAAAGAAAUCAUAACCCUGGCACCCAGCACCAUGAAAAUCAAGAUUAUUUCUCCCCCAGAGCGCAAAUAUUCUGUUUGGAUUGGGGGCUCCAUCCUGGCCAGCCUGUCGACGUUCCAGCAGAUGUGGAUCAGUAAGCAAGAAUAUGAUGAGGCUGGUCCUCCCAUCGUUCAUAGAAAAUGUUUCUGAAUGGGCAUCCAUGUUAAUAGGUUUACAUUUUCCCUUGUUCUAGGUCAUAGUGAUGGUCCUGCUUUUAUCCACUUUCAAUAGGAUCAAGGUAAAUAGUUCUCUCUUCUAACAUGUAAACCAGCAAACCCAUCUCUCUCCAUCCGGGGCUCUUGUCCAGCUAAUCACAUCUUGAUCU